AUGCUACGGUUGGUGGCAGCUUGCCCUGCAUCAUGUGCGGUGUGCACCAAAGAUGUAACCCUCUGUCACCAGCUAACCUAUAUAGUAGCAGCCCCUGUGACCACGAGGGCUUUAAUCAUCACUGAUGGAUAUCUCUCCUCUAUAGAGAGCGCAAAUCUGUCCCUCUUGUUUAAUCUUGCCCUGCUCUCCCUGAGCAGGAACAGCAUCGAGGAUGUUCGAGAAGACGCCCUGUACAGCCUUGCAAAGUUGCGGACCUUGUUGCUGGAGCACAACCAAAUAUCCAGCUCUUCGCUCACGGAUCACACCUUCAGCAGGCUCCGCAGUCUGCAGGUGCUGGCACUCAGCAAUAACGCCCUCCGCACCCUUCGAGGGUCUUGGUUCCGAAACACCAGGGGCCUGACCCGGCUCCAGCUGGAUGGGAAUCAGAUCACUAAUCUGACAGACAGUUCCUUUGGAGGCACUCAUCUCCACAGCCUCAGGCAUCUGGAUUUAUCUAACAAUUUUAUUUCCUACAUUGGGAAAGAUGCCUUCCGGCCCCUGCCUCAACUACAGGAAGUGGACCUUUCCCGAAAUAGGUUGGCCCACAUGCCCGAUGUUUUCACUCCAUUGAAGCAGUUAAUCCUCCUGAGCUUAGAUAAGAACCAGUGGAGCUGCACUUGUGAUCUCUACCCCCUUGCCCGGUUCUUAAGAAACUACGUAAAGUCUUCUACUCACAAGCUCAGAAAUGUCAAGGACCUAAGUUGUCAGCCGUCCACCAGAUCUGUGGCUGCUGCAAAGAGUGUGCUAAGGCUGUUUGAGACCAACUGUGAUUCCAAGGCUGCCAACCUCACUGUGGUUUUAAAGGAUAGAAGCCCCCUCUUUCCAGGGCAAGAUGUAGCUCUGCUGACUGUCCUUGGCUUUGCAGGAGCUGUUGGUCUCACUUGCCUAGGUUUAGUUGUAUUUAACUGGAAACUCCAACAAGGCAAAGCAAACGAACACACAUCAGAAAACCUUCCUUGCAGAACCUUCGAUGAAUCCCUGUGUGAUCAUGAGGCAAGAAAUUACCACGCUAAGGGAUACUGUAACUGCCACUUAACUCAGGAAAAUGAGAUAAAGGUCAUGUCCAUCAUGGGGGCUAGAAAGGAAAUGCCACUUUUAGAGGAAAACAGCCAUCAAGCAGUACUGGCCUCUGAGCCCACAGCCCUUGACAGAUCAUUUAGAAAUCUGAAAGGGAAGGGCUGUGGGGCAGACGGCACUUUCUUCUGCUUUGGUGGCAGAUUGCUGCAGUCAGGAUGUUCAGAGCCUCCUGGGAAUAUGGCAGCUUUUAAUGAAGCCAGCUUGCUUACAAGAUACUGUCCAAAGAGAGUUGAAAAGCUAAGGAAUCAUGAGCCAGGGGAAUUCCAGCCACAAACUCUGCCACAACAUGCAAGGAGAACAAAAGAUAUCAGCAGUGACACAUUUAGUAGAAGAUAUGCAACAUCCGCUUCAGCCUUGGCAAGAUCACGUCUUGAAAAGCAUUUAACAAAUGAAUCAUGGCAGCCUCCAAUAGAAAAAGGAGACAAUGGCUUACAACCUCACAGGCAGAGACAUUUUAUUACAGGCUCAUCAUCCAAGCCUUAUGAGCCUGAGGAACACUAUGUGCAAAAGAUCUUACAAAAACAUAGAUCAAAAUAUGAUGGUCCUCAUGGACUGUUAAAAGGGAGCAGGCCUGAGUGUUUUCAGCCAAACAAUUCUCUUAUCUGUAAAUAUGUGCCCUGCGAUCAAUUUCAAGAUUAUGUGAAAGAAAAGAAGCCAAAUCGUCGGGAACAUUCAAAGCCCAAGAGAGAGCAAAUCCAAAUUAACAGUGCGAUAGAAAAAUUCCUUACGAGGGAGGACAACAUGGAGUUCUCGGGGUUAUCAACAAAAAUCAAGAAAACAUAUUCCCCUAAGAGGGUUAGCUUCUAUGAUCCUGAUUUAGUAGAAAAAAAGAGUUUGGUGAUGUCAUCCAAAAUGUCCAGCCAUUGGAGACAGCAGAAAACUCAAAAUAACCACCUGACCAACUUGGAUCUCAAAAACAGUAAUCCUCUGGAGAGAAACAGAGGAGGAAAAUGGCUUACUGAUCGACAGAUUCUGAAAAAGAAGAGAAGCAAUCAAUCUGACUUCAAAGGGAAAAUUAAAGGACAAAGUCUAAGGAUAAAAUUAAGUUUAAAUCCUUUUAGAAAAGUCAAAGUCCAUCCAGAAAAAUCCUUGCCAGAACUCCCAAAGAAAUGCAAACAAGUCUUGUUGCCACCUAACAAAUUCUCCAAAGCUUCUGAGAAAGAAGCCAAAAGAAACCCUGCAGCCUCUGCCGAUUUUUGCCAACAGCCAGAGAGUAACAGCUAUGUUAGAUUCACUGCAAAGAGGCUGCCUCUCAAACGUGCCCCAAAGCAGACCCCAUAUUACAGAAAAAACAUUAAAAGGGAUCCUCUGCUCAAUGCUAACAAUAUGUCUGUAGCUAACCAGAGCUCCUUGGGAGACAAUUGUCAUCCUACUGGUCAUAUUCCUGAUGGACACCCACCAACAUCAGCUCAGGCCACACCCAUCUUGGUUGCACACAGGCAUUUGCACUCCCAGUUCUCAACCGAGCAAGUGGGAGGUGCAGCUCACAUCGAAUUGGGAGUUCCUAGUUAUUUACCAAGUACUUUGGAAAAUACAGGAAGGGAUAUUUUAUUAUCCUGCCAUUCUCAGGGGGCUACUGACCAGGGGGCAGCAGAGCCCACUGAACCCAUAGAGCAGGACAAAUCCAAGACCAUGGAGCUAAGUCGGUUUUCUUUGUCCCCAGGGAAUCAGAUACAUAGGACUAACACCUACGAGGAAUAUACUUUGGCUCAAAAUCAAACUUUACAGCUUGCCGAGCAAAUCUCAAGUCAUGAACAACUUGGAAACCAAGGAAAAACACUAAUGACAAAACUCAAAAUAACACAUCCAAUUGUGGAAAGUUGUGUUAUGGAUGAGGGAUAUGAUGUAGAGGAGAAACUUCCUAAAACAGAAACUUAUGAUUUCUCUCUCAUUCCCCAGACACAAUCCAAGGGCAACCUAACAUUUACGAGGACAAAUUCUAGCCUGUGCCAGAAUAGAAUAGAGCUUCCCAAAGAUCUCAGUACCUCUCUUAGUACUCAAGCCAUCUGGCCUCUAACCAACAGUAGUGAAAAAGGGAUUGACAGCACAAAUGCAUUGCCCAGAGAUGAUGGCGCUGAAGCACUGGAGAUAAAAAUAGCAGGGAAGGAAGAGAAAAAAAUGCUCCAUGAAAGCAAGGCCAAUUCCAGUAUGUUAAUUAAGACCACACAGAUGACCUUAAAUAGCACCACAAAAGAAAAGCAACAAACUUGGGAAAAUGGAAAAAGUGAAAAACAUACAUUACAUGACGCAAGCUCUAUUGAGGCAACCAUUACAGCUGAGGAUCUGAGUAUCAUGAGUUGCCACAAAACUGAAAAUAGACUACCUUGUAGUGAAAUACAUCUUGAAAUUAAUAGCAACAUGCAUGAUUUGAGAGAAGUUCAAAACAUUCAACCAGAUAAAGAUAACAGUGCACAUAAAGAAGGUGCCACGGCAGAGGAGACUGGUAGAGCGCUUUCCCUCUUACCAGAGGCAGAAGACAAUAGUUUUGAGGCCAAAAAUGAGGUGCCUCUAAUUCCUAGAAGAAUAAAGGAAGCUUAA